AUGCUUCAACUUGCUGUUAAGUACUUUGGUAAUUUAUUCUCGACUUUGGAGGCGGGUGCAGAUGAUCGGUUAUUCGGGAUUGUGGAGAAACAAAUUUCUACGGUUAUGAAUGUAAAACUACUCAAACAGUUUAACGAGGAGGAGAUUGGAGAAGCUGCCAAAGAUAUGGCACCAUUGAAGGCUAUUGGAAGACUUAUUUCUGAUAACGUGCUUAUUGCUUAUGAGGUCUUACACUUUCUUAAAAUGAAAAAGAAAGGGAAGAAAGGUUUCCAUGCUGAUUGGGUUGUUCUUGUUAUGAGAUGCGUUUGUUCUGUCAGCUAUUCUGUGUGCCUCAAUAGGGAUAUGAGUGAUUGGUUUACGCCGCCGCGAGGGUUAAGACAGGAUGAUCCUUUAAGCCCUUAUCUAUUUCUAAUUUGUGCUGAAGGAUUCUCUACUUUACUUAUCGAGGCAAAACAAAAAGGGUUGAUGAGAGGUGCUCCUAUUAGUAGGGAAAGAUUAUCGAUAAUCCAUUUGUUCUUUGCAGGCGAUUGCAUUUUUUUUGGGGACGCUUCGAGUGAAGGAACUAAUGUGGUCCGCAAUACUAUUCGGUUCAGGAAAAGAAUCAAUAACUGGAGUGUGCGAUAUCUUUCUAUGGGUGGUAAUGAGAUAUUCUAUCAGCAAAGGUUGAUUCUUACCCUUUGUUUACCUGGAGGAGUAUCUGUGAGGCUAGAAAAUUGA